CGUCCCGGACCCGCCGGCUGCCGGGGGACCGAAGCCACGGCCCGGCCAACUCCAAGGCGGGGACGCCGCGACGGGAACUUGAGGCCCGAGAGGGAUGUGAAGGCCCACAAUGACCCUGUUACCGGGAGACAACUCCGACUACGACUACAGCGCCCUGAGCUGUACCUCGGACGCCUCCCUCCACCCGGCCUUCUUCCCGCAGGGCCAGCCCAUCAAGGGCGUGUUCUACCGCAGGGCCCAGUGCCUGCGGCCCCAGGCGGACCCCCGCCAGCCUAGCCCGCCGGGGGACCGCCGCCGGCAGAUCAUCAUCAACGUCGGGGGCAUCAAGUACUCGCUGCCCUGGACCACGCUGGACGAGUUCCCACUCACGCGGCUGGGCCAGCUCAAGGCCUGCACCAACUUCGACGACAUCCUCAAUGUGUGCGAUGACUACGACGUGACCUGCAACGAGUUCUUCUUCGACCGCAACCCGGGGGCCUUCGGCACCAUCCUCACCUUCCUGCGGGCCGGCAAGCUGCGGCUGCUGCGGGAGAUGUGCGCACUGUCCUUCCAGGAGGAGCUGCUCUACUGGGGCAUCGCCGAGGACCAGCUGGACGGCUGCUGCAGGCGCCGCUACUUGCAGAAGAUCGAGGAGUUCGCCGAGAUGGUGGAGCGGGAGGAGGACGACGAGCCGCUGGACAGCGACGGCCACGACAGCGAGGGCCCGGCCUCCGGCGCCGGCCGCCUGGGCCGCUGCAUGCGGAGGCUGCGUGACAUGGUGGAGAGGCCGCACUCGGGGCUGCCGGGCAAGGUGUUCGCCUGCCUGUCGGUGCUCUUUGUCACCGUCACGGCCGUCAACCUCUCGGUCAGCACCUUGCCCAGCCUCAGGGAGGAGGAGGAGCAGGGCCAGUGCUCACAGAUGUGCCACAACGUGUUCAUCGUGGAGUCGGUGUGCGUGGGCUGGUUCUCGCUCGAGUUCUUCCUGCGCUUCAUCCAGGCGCCCAGCAAGUUCGCUUUCCUGCGCAGCCCGCUGACGCUCAUCGACCUGGUGGCCAUCCUGCCCUACUACGUCACCCUGCUGGUGGACGGCGCCGCCGCCGCCGGCCGCCGCAAGCCCGGCGCGGGCAACAGCUACCUGGACAAGGUGGGGCUGGUGCUGCGCGUGCUGCGCGCGCUGCGCAUCCUCUACGUGAUGCGCCUGGCGCGCCACUCGCUGGGGCUGCAGACGCUGGGGCUCACCGCGCGUCGCUGCACGCGCGAGUUCGGCCUCCUGCUGCUCUUCCUGUGCGUGGCCAUCGCGCUCUUUGCCCCGCUCCUCUACGUCGUCGAGAACGAGAUGGCCGACAGCCCCGAGUUCACCAGCAUCCCCGCCUGCUACUGGUGGGCCGUCAUCACCAUGACGACCGUGGGCUACGGAGACAUGGUCCCCAGGAGCACGCCGGGCCAGGUGGUGGCGCUGAGCAGCAUCCUCAGUGGCAUCCUGCUCAUGGCCUUCCCGGUCACCUCCAUCUUCCACACCUUCUCGCGCUCCUACCUGGAGCUCAAGCAGGAGCAGGAGCGCAUCCUGUUCCGCAGGGCCCAGUUCCUCAUCAAGACCAAGUCGCAGCUCAGCGGCAUGUCCCAGGACAGCGACAUCCUGUUCGGAAGUGCCUCCUCCGACGCCAGAGCCCCGCGCUGA